AUGAGUGUGUUCAAGCAGGAAGCCUGCACUCCCGUGGUGAAGCUGCAGUUGGAGCUGCCUGUAGCACUCGCUCACGAAAUGCAGAGCAAAGGGCGAUGCUCUUUCGACGCGCAAGGCCGGUUUGCCACCUUCGAGCAGGCGUUGGCAGGCGAGGCGAAGCAAUCGGCUUCACCUCGCGAGCGCGAUAUUCGGCGCGUGAAGCCAUCCUAUCGAUCACCCAGAGACUCCGACCGCUACCCUCCGUUUGCGAUCGCGGCAGCAAAAGGAGCCGUGGCUGCCAGACUCGCGUUGGCGACUCAAGCCGCACAGCUGAACUCGUCCGCCACUCGCACACCGUACCGAGCUCCGAGCGACCACGACUUCCGAGAGCCUACGUCGCCGAUCAAAUGGGUUCCGCAGGCGAAAGGCCGAGAUUUCCAGGCCAAGUUUGUGCUGCCCAGUAACCAGGACAUCCGACGACGCACUGCUCGAGACCAAGACGGAUUCUUCGGCGCUGCUCCAGGAGAAGACGUUCUGUCCCUGCCGCUCUCACCUCCAUUCCGACAGCAGUUGCUGCAGCAGGAGCAGCUUCAACUGGCGAUCAAGGCGCAAACCUCUCGCUCGCCGCCAAAAUCGUCUCCGUCGAAGCCAGAAUUCACCUCGCGGGUCACGCACACAUCCCGCAAGAGCGCCAACAAGGCGCUGCGCCUGGAGAUCAUCCUAGACCAGGAAGGGCUUCUGCCUCAGCUUCAGGAGAUCCGGCAGCACAGGUAUCGCGACGAGGCUACAACCGCCGCUCCAUUCCUUGCAAGCUUUCGUCCGGCAUCACCGCUGCAGCCGAUGUCCCCGAGCUGA